AUGCAAACAUUGAGAGUUUCACAUUGGAUUCGACGAUCAUAUACUCAUCUGUACAUAAAUCGACUCCUAUCAAACAAAGCUGCGUCCAAUAAACAAGUAGCUGAACGAGUUCCACCUGCGCCUCAACAAUCAAUAGCAGAACGCAAAGAUCGUCCACGUCCUGAAGAAGAAGGCUUGGAAUAUGAAUACACGAACGAACUAGAUGUCUUACGUCGAAAGGAGCGUUUAACAGUCGACUCGACUAAUACUCAAUAUAUGACGGUUGUCUUUAAUGGAGAAUUCGAUCGUGAUAUAUUGACAUACCCUGAACUAUUAACAAAAGCGGAAUCCGUACAGAUGAAUACAUUAUGUGAACAGUUGAGAAAUUUUACAGAUAAGAUUGAUCGGAAAAAGAUUGAAAGAGAAAAUCAUGUGGAUAAAGAUGUCUAUCAAGAAAUGUCAAAACUAAAAUUACACGGAUUGAUAAUACCGGAAGAGUUCGGUGGCCUUAGUCUAAACAGUCAAUCAUCAGUACGAAUGUUCGAAGAACUAGCUGUCAGUCCAACAAUUACGACUCAACUACUAACACAUACGGAAUAUGGUGUUAGGAGUUUACUUGUAUAUGGAACGGAUGAACAACAACGGUAUUAUUUACCGGAUAUGGCGAAAGGUAAAAUGAUCGCUGCAGCUUGCAUUACCGAAGCCAAUUGUGGUAGUGACAUACGAAAUAUUCAAACGACCGCAACUGUUAGUGAAACUGAUCCAAAUACGUACACAAUCAAUGGCAAAAAGAUGUGGGUGACAAAUGGAUUGAAUGCUGAUGUAUUUCUUGUCUAUUGUAAAACAAAAGAACGUUAUACAUCCGAUGAUUAUGAUGAUCGCUUUUCGUUCUUUCUCGUUCAUCGUGAUAUGCCUGGUGUGACAGUAUCUCCGACUAUUUCAACACUUGGCUUACGUGGUCUCGGAUUAACACACGUCGAAUUCAAAGAUGUCAAAGUUAAUGCUAUACAACACACAAUAGGACAACUGGGUGAAGGCUUGAAUGUACUACGAAAUCUUCAUGGUUAUGUGCGAACUACACUUUCAGGAAUGUGCACAGGAGUUGGUAAACGUUUGAUACGAUUAGCAUCUGAACGUGCUAUUCAACGUGAAUCUUUCAAUCGUAAAUUAAUGGAUCAAGGUUUAAUACAAAAACGUCUCUUUCACAUGGAAAUAGACACGUAUACAAUGGAAUCAAUGACUUAUCUGACAAGUGGUAUACUCGACUCAUUUUCCAUGCCUGUCAUAUCAAUUGAGUCAGCAUUAACAAAAAUCUUUGCAACUGAUCGUUUAUAUCGUAUUGCAAAUGAUUGCUUGGAAAUCUUCGGCGUCGAAGGCAUUGAAAUAGGUCAUCCAGUCGAACAAUAUCUUCGUGAUAUUCGUCCAUGGUCAAUGUUUGAUGCGCCCAAUGACGUUUUACGAUUGUUAACGGCAUGGGAAGGUGUGAUGAGUGUUAGUUCAGUUGUUCAUGAUUUUGUACGAAAAAUUCGUAAUCCAAUACAUUUUCCUGGAACUAAACUACGACAUUUACUAACUAACUGGACAUCUAAAGCACAAGCAUACCGUGCACCAUUUACAUUCAAACAUGAUCUUUGGGAAAAGGUUCAUCCAUCAUUAGGUAUACCAGCAAAAGAUCUCGAGUAUGCCAUAUUUGUCUUACGAAAUGUAACAAAAGAAACAUUAACCAAAUCCGGACGGGAUAUCAUCGAUAAUCAACUAUAUUUACGACGUUUAUCAGAAAUAGUAAUCGAAAUCUAUGCAAUGACCGCCAUGCUCGGUCGCUCCUCACGAGCUUAUUCCAUCGGUUUGAAAAACUGUGAACACGAGACUGAAAUGACUUUUCUCUAUUGUAAACAUGCACGCAUGAGAAUCGAUAAACUCGCCAAAGAAAUAAAUGAACAUGGAUACCAAACUGGAGAUGAACAUUUACAGCAUUUAGCUAAACGAAUGCUUAUUGCGAAAGGUUAUCCAAUCAGUACACCACUCGAACGAACAUAUUAA